CAACUCGGCUCACCUCGGCUAAAGUAAUAAUAAUAAUAAUAAUAAUAAAAUCAAUAAAAUUCAAUCAUACGUGCGGUUGUAUAGCGCGUGACAUCACUUCAUUACUCAUUCAAAUUUGUUUCUUUUUAAGCCGCUAAUUGAUAUUUGUUCAAACAAAAGUCCCGGCUCAUCACAUCUGAUUGUAGUUUAUGAAUUUCUCUCUCUUUAUCUUUCUCUGCUGUGUCCGUGUCACUUGAACACUCUCAUUUGCUCCCUGUUUAGUUUCUUCAGUACAGAACUCUGCAGUUCAGAGAGAAUCGAGAGCAGGGUAACGCACAUUAUCUCUACAAUCUCAACACGUUAAUGGAGGCAAAAUCAGUGGUGGACUCUUCACCCAUGUCCAUUCAACAACAAGAUUCACUGCCAGAGGCCUCACCGAAACCCUACGGCAAGAAAUCUUUCGUCACUACGCUAAUGGAAGCAGCGACUCUUCGGACUCCUUCUUUCAAAGAAGACUCUUACUUUAUCUCAAGUCUUAAAUCAUCUGAGAAGAAAGCUUUGCAGGAACUCAAGAAAAAGCUCGUGGACUCUCAUGGCUCUGAUAAUGAGUACUCCAUGUGGGGUAUUCGUCUUCUGGGUGGCGAUGAAAAAGCCGAUGUGAUACUUUUGAAGUUUUUGAGAGCAAGAGAUUUCAGAGUCCAGGAUUCUUUUAACAUGUUGGAGAAGUGUUUGGCUUGGCGGAAGGAGUUUGGAGCAGACGGCGUCGUAGAGGAAGAUUUGGGGUUCAAAGAACUUGAAGGUGUGGUGGCGUAUAUGCAAGGGUAUGAUAAAGAAGGACACCCUGUUUGUUACAAUGCUUAUGGAGUUUUCAGAGAUAAAGAUAUGUAUGAAAGGAUUUUUGGAGAUGAAGAGAAGCUGAAGAAAUUCUUAAGGUGGAGAGUUCAGGUUUUAGAGAGAGGCAUAAAUCUCUUGCAUUUUAAGCCUGGUGGUAUUAACUCUAUUAUUCAAGUUACUGAUCUUAAAGACAUGCCUAAAAGAGAGCUUCGAGUUGCCUCUAAUCAGAUCCUCUCUUUGUUUCAAGAUAAUUACCCUGAAAUGGUUGCUCGCAAGAUUUUCAUCAAUGUGCCAUGGUACUUCAGUAUGCUGUACUCAAUGUUCAGUCCGUUCCUAACUCAGCGAACUAAGAGCAAAUUUGUGAUUUCUAAGGAAGGUCAUGUCGCGGAGACACUCUACAAAUUUAUAAGGCCAGAAGACAUUCCAGUACAGUAUGGUGGACUGAGUCGACCCAGCGAUUUGAACAACGGCCCACCUAAACCGGCUUCUGAGUUCACUGUCAAAGGAGGAGAGAAAGUUAACAUUCAGAUCGAGGGGAUUGAGGCUGGUGCAACAAUAACAUGGGACAUAGUUGUGGGAGGCUGGGAUUUGGAAUAUAGUGCAGAGUUCGUUCCCAAUGCUGAAGGGAGCUACACCAUUGCAGUUGAGAAGCCGAGGAAGAUUUCUCCAUCAGAAGAAGCUAUUCACAACUCAUUUACAUCAAGGGAAGCUGGCAAAAUGGUGCUUUCAGUCGACAACACCGUCUCCCGGAGGAAAAAGGUUGCCGCCUAUCGCUACAUUGUCCGGAAAUCCACCCUCGUCUAAGCUGUUUUAAAUACUUUCUAAUUAGUUCUUGAAAGAGUAUUUUGCUUAUGAUAAUCUUAAUCUGUUCUUUUUGGAGAGUUUAAAUUGCUUAAAUGUUUGUGAACUUGUUCUAGUCUACUUAGUAUUAAUGUGAUAUGUAAAAAUAUGGUGGUACUGGUACCAUGUUUAUUUUGACUCUUUGUAUGGCUUCAUAUAUAGUGGAAGAAAAUCAGAUUAACUUUGUUUAAUUACACAGCCCAGAUUUGUGUUUGUGGAGAGAAGAAUUAAAGGGAGGUUUUUGAACUUGGGUGAUUGGUUUUUUUAAGUCUUUGUAGUAGAAUGGGAGACACACAGGAAGCAGCAGAGGAGAUAAGCUUUUGCUUUUGUUUGGGACUGUGUCUCUCUUGAAAUAAGAGAUUUUAAUGGCUUUGUGUCUGGAUUUUGAAAGUGAUUUUGCUUCAUGCUCAGUCUCUUUUUCUCUUCUUUUGUUGGGUGUUGGAUUUUUACUUUCAAUAAGGCUGGCUGGUUGUGUGAAUGGUUUUUGAUGAUCUGAGA